CAAAUGCAUAAUCCCAAUCCGCCAUACGCUUUCUGGGGUUUAAGCACUUUGAUUUGGGGUUUAUGAUUUAUCAAGAAAUUAUCGAUCUUUGCCUCUCUCUGUUUUCCAUGUAAUUGCUGUAAUGGCGACAGCGCUAUUUCGUAGCCUACGCAGAGCUUCUCGACUUUCCGAUUCAAUUCUUCGCCAUUCCUUCUCCCUCAGCUCCCAAGCAACAAUUUUUAGUCCAUCGAAACUCUUAGUUCUACCGAACCCGACAACUCUUCCGUGGGUUUCGAGGCAUUUGAGCCAUGGAACCGUGAACCUGGUGAUAUCACAAGGGAAACCCAAGUUUGAAACCCACCAAUUUGACCCUCCAAAGAAGGAGAAAUGGAAGACUAAGAAGAGGUUCAAGUUGCAGAAGAAAAGAGAGAAAGAGAAGAGAAAAGCUGCCAAUAGGAGAGACCCACGUCGUCUUGGUCUCACUAGGAAGCCGAAGAAGAAGUUUGCUAAUGCAGAGGAGAGAAUUAAGUACAAGCUUGACAAGGCCAAAGUAAAGGAAGGGUUACUUCUCGAAAGACUUAAGCGCUAUGAAGUUUCCAAAGUUCAGGGACCUGUGGUGAAACCACAUGAGCUGACAGGUGAAGAACGGUUCUAUAUGAAAAAAAUGGCUCAGAAGAGGUCCAACUAUGUGCCAAUUGGGAGAAGAGGAAUAUUUGGUGGGGUUAUUCUAAAUAUGCAUAUGCAUUGGAAGAAACAUGAAACUGUUAAGGUCAUUUGUAAACCUUGUAAGCCUGGCCAAGUACACGACUAUGCAGACGAAAUUGCCAGACUGAGUGGUGGAAUCCCAGUUCAGAUUAUUGGUGAUGAUACUAUAGUAUUCUAUCGAGGGAAAAACUAUGUGCAGCCUGAAGUUAUGUCUCCAGUAGAUACAUUGUCCAAGAAAAGGGCGCUUGAAAAAUCAAAAUACGAGCAAUCACUCGAUUCAGUGAGACGCUUCAUCGCUAUUGCAGAGAAGGAACUGGAGUUGUAUUACAGACAUGUCGCACUCUAUGGUGAUCCAAAUAACCGUAAUCCGAUCUCAAUCUUGGAUAGUCCAACAAGGGAAGACAAGGAAACAGAAACACUUGAAAAAGAUAGUCAUGAUUUGACUCCGACCCGCUUUUCUUCAGGUAUUUCAGCGAAAAAAGUAGAUCCCAUAGAUGAAGAACUAUCAGAAACUGAAGAUGACUUAAAAGGUGAGGACUUGCCGAUGAGAGGAUCAGAUUCCGAAAAGGAAGUUUCAUGUUUUGAUGAAGAAAGUGAGGGAAUCACAUCUGGGUUGCAUGAGAGUGACGAGGAGGAGGAGGAGGACUGGUCUUUGAGUGAUUCUUGUUGUGAUGAAGAUGGUGAAGGAAGUUCGUAUACAGAAUUGGGUUCAUUCAAUGUUUCCCAAAGAUAUGAUUCUAAACAAUUGAAUUCUUAACCUGAGUAAAUAACUUUUCUUUUAGUAUAAAGGUGAUCUAACCAAGGUCUUUAUCCAUUCUAUUCAUGUUA